AUGCGGGACCGGCUAUCGUGGUACAUGGUCUUUCUGAUCCUGCCGACAAUUCUCCUGGCCAGGUCGCUCGAUAAAGACCGACGUGUACCGUACAGCAUACCGUCAGAUUGGAAAACCCUGUGGUUCAGCAAUCUCGACGAGCUCCAAAGAGUGAACGAGGCGAACGACAACAACACCGUCUCGAAUGUCACGGUCCAGCUGGGCGGCACCGCGUUUUUGCAUUGCAAAGUUCGCAAUCUGGCGGAAAGAACGGUGUCCGACGCCGAGAUAUCCUGGAUAAGACGACGUGAUUUUCACGUGUUGACCAGCUCGAUGUUCACGUACACGAACGACGGGCGGUUCCAGGUGUUGCAUCCAGAGGGCUCGGAGGACUGGACUCUGCAGAUCAAAUACGUUCAAGAAAGGGACAACGGGACGUACGAGUGUCAGGUCUCGAGAACUACAGGGAUAUUAUCACACUUUGUCAAUCUAAAUAUAGUAAUACCAGAAGCAUUUAUAUUAGGGAGCGACGAACAUCACGUCGACGUAGGAUCCAUUAUAAAUCUCGUGUGCAUAAUAGAAAAGAGUCCCACACCGCCGCAGUAUGUAUUCUGGUAUCAUAAUAAUCGAAUGAUAAAUUUCGAUACUACGCGAAGCUUCGUAGUCGUACAAACCGACCCGAGUAUGACCCAGAGUCGAUUGACGAUUCACGAAGCGGUGGAAUCGGACACAGGCAAUUAUACGUGCAGCUCCUCGAAUACCAAAUCGGCGUCCAUCUUUGUUUUUGUCACGGAAGGUGACAAAAUGGCAGCCAUACAACGCCGUAAGACAUCGGCCGCGGAGAAAAAUUACUGUGAAUUGCUAGUACUAAUUGUCACCAUUGCGAUAGACGCCGUUUUAACGCGAUAAGCGUUUCUCUUCGAUAUGUCCAUAAUUAUUAUUAUACCGUUACUUCCGUUUGUGAUAGAUAGGCUACUAUUC